GUGUCGUUCAUCCACGCCAAAGGCAUGACCCAUCGCGACCUGAAACCGGAGAAUGUGAUGUGCCGAGGCGACGGCACCCUGUGCAUCAUCGACUUUGGGCUCAGCAAGUCGCAGCAGUCGGCGGUGACGCUGGGCGUGGGCACGCCCGACUACCUGCCGCCCGAGAUGCUGGGCACUGGAGACCUGUACGACCCGUCUGCCACCGACUGCUGGAGCAUGGGGGUACUGCUGUACCUCAUCGUGGUUGGGUACUACCCAUUCGAGCAGCAGAACGUGCUGCUCACGCUGCAGAACAUCCGGGCGGGACGGUACCGCCAGAUCCCCGCCUCCGUCUCCCCCGCAUGUCGGGACCUCAUCACCCGCCUGCUGCUGCUGGAUCCGGCGGCGCGCAUCACGCUGCCAGAGGUGCUGGCCCACCCCUUCCUG